CGCUCUGCUCGACUUCAGUGCAUUAUUCGCAGUCUGACAAAGCGCGAGUAAAGUGAAACUGAAAUAUUAUGAAUUUAUACGUGUAUAUAUUACUUGGAUUUUGCGGCUUGGAGUUGGGCGAAACAUUGGGCGUUUACGAUGCCACUGGACGCUUGAAUCUGAGUGCCAGUUGUCCGGACUCUUUCUGCAGUUUGAGUGAUCGACGAGUGGCCUACUCGGCCAGUCCGGCCCUUCGACUCCGGGAAUUGCACUUGACGAACUGCAGCAGGCAGUCGAUCACUUGGUUGGUCCUGAACUUAACGCCAGGUCUUCGGACACUGGUCAUCCGGAACUGUGCCUCCUAUCACAUCAGUAAAGAGAGUCUGAGGCCAGUGGGCAAUCUCACCUCGCUGCAGAUGCAGCGCACAAGUCUCGGUGUUCUCCGGGAUGAGGUCUUCACCACGGUGCCACGUCUGGAGAUCCUGGAACUGGGUCAAAACAUCAUACACACCGUGCACAUAGGAGCCUUCAAGGGUUUGGCCAGGCUACGCUUACUGGGCCUGCAGGGCAAUGGCAUUCAAGAGAUCCUCUCCAGAACCUUUGAUCCGCUGACGGAGCUAGUGCACCUAGAUUUGAGCCACAAUCUGCUUGCCCACUUGCCAAAAGAUAUCUUUGCCAAGAAUGGAAAAAUACAAACCCUGCUGCUGAAUGGCAACCAACUGAGGACCCUACUCCCGGAUAUUCUCAGCUCCUUGCCCAAUCUUCAUCUGCUCGACUUGGGCCAUGCUGGCCAACUGGAAAUCCUAACGCUUGACAUCCACAACAUUCAGCGCUUGAUUUUGGAGGGCAGUGGGCUCACCAGUUUAGUGAUCAACGGUGGACUUAUCAAACUUCAGGCGGGCAACAAUGAGCUGAGUAAUCUACAUGUUGGAAAUAAAAGCGGUGUUAUUGAGUUGGAUCUACAUGGCAAUUUGCUAAGUGGAAAUGAUACUGCUGGGCUUCUUAGAGGCAUGUGGAAUCUGCAGAGACUGGAUCUGUCCAAGAAUGUGAUUGAAUCCUUGCCACUCUAUGGUGGCUAUUUAGAAGAUCCCAAUGCCCAGGAGCUGUUCCUUUUGCCCAGCUUAAAGUAUCUGAAUUUGGCCAACAAUCGAUUGAUAAGCCUGCCCCCGGAUUCGCCAAUCUUCUCAGCCCGUCUCAACUAUUUGGAUCUUUCCCAUAAUAAGUUGUUAAACCUGGAUGUCGAGAUAUUGAGGGGUCUGCCGGUUCUGGAAGCUCUGUUUAUCGAGGGGAAUCGCCUGAACACCUUCGACUACCAGGUCUUCCAUCAGCAGCACGAAGAUCUCAAGGAGCUGGGCCUGCAUGACAAUGCUUGGGCUCCUGGCUUAUAUCGCAAGAUGUUCGUGUACCUCAACGAUCGAGGGGUUCACCUGCAGGCGAGGAGCCAAAAUAGACCCGGAAUAAAUAGUAGUCAGGUGGAUAUCGACUGGCCACCGACUGGAAGUCAGCCGGAGGCCCAGAAAUUGGAUCCACCGGGUGUGUCUGGUAUACAUCCCUACUGGACCCUCAAGGAUAUCCUGGCCUUUGUCACCCUGCUGGUGGUGCUGCUCAUUCUGCUGAUGAAUCUCUACCAUAUCCUGCAGGAAGAGGGCUGUCUGCGGCGGAUUCGCCAUUGGAGGCGGUCCCACAUCGUCGGUGGAGGCAACACAUUGUCGAGGAGCAGUGGGCGACGCCUCGACGAGCAGGACUCGGAACACAGCUCCAGCGAAUAGACGGGACAUGUAGCCACGCAACUCGGCAAGCCAAAUAAACGCCAAUUCGAUGUCAAUUUAGCGCUAGUGUUUGCCUUUUUCCAUACCGUGUUGUGGCUAUAUCUGUUGUUGCUGACUUGUUUGCUACCCUGUAUAUAUGAGAAUCGCGGAAGUUUGCUGUAACUAGAUUAAAUUGAUAAAUGAAAAGAAUGUAGACACUAUAUUAAUAAACAAACAAAGCAAUAUUUGCCCAUGUAUAAAACAGCUUUAAUAAACCAACUCGUUGUUAAACAAAAUAAGUAAUAUAAGUGUUUAACUUCAUAUAAAUUUUUAAAAACUUGUAAAGUAAUCAGCCUUAUAAUCAGGAUUAUCAAAAAUAAUAUAUACAUAUGAGCUUA